AUGUAUUUAUUUCUGUCCAUUUUCUCUUUUUUCUUUCUUUCUUUCUUUCUUUCAUUCUUUCUUUCUUUUGAUAUUUUAUCCUUCAAUUCUCUUAUCGCCUCUUUCUUUCUCUCCGGUUUUCUUUCUUACUUUUUUACAUUUUAUAUUUUCUCCUUCAAUUCCUAUAUAGCUUCUUUCUUUCUUGCCUUUUUCUUUCUUUUUUACAAUUUAGAUUUUCUCUUUCACUUCUUACAUUUUUCUUUCUUUCUUUCUUUUUGUCCAUUUUUAUUCUUUCUUUUUUUUCUUUCUUUCUUUCUUACAUUUUAUAUUUUAUCCUUCAAUACUCUUAUCACGUCUUUCUUUUUUCUUUCCUUGUGUUUCAUUUUUCGAAACAAUAUUAAUGUUAAACCUCCCCCCACCACCAGUUCCAUCCUCCUCCUACUCGUACCCCUCCUCUUCUACCUUACCCCUUAUCUAUCAUCUUUUACUUCUUCCCCUUUCUUUCUCGUCUCUCCUGCUACUCCUACUAUUUCUCUUCCCUUUCCUCUUCUUCCUGUAUGUCUCUCUGAUUGGCUCGUCUCUCCAACUGCGUUCAGCUUGGCUGCGGGCAUCGUCUCGAUCGGUUGA